AUGUUAAAAAAGGGGGAUCACAUUUGGAUUGACUCCAGCAUUGGAAUCCCUAUUGGAGCAUGUGUGAAGGUUUCAGAAAAUGGACAGUAUUAUCUGCUCGAUGAUGAUGGGCAGGAGCAUCCUAUCUCAGAGGGGGAGAGGGCCAGUCUUAGGCCAAUGCACCCCACCUCAGUGGAGGGUGUGGAUAACAUGAUCAGACUGGGGGACCUCAGUGAAGCCGGCUUGCUCAGAAAUCUUCUGGUGCGCCACAGACAGGGCAUUAUCUAUACCUAUAUUGGCUCUGUACUGGUAGCAGUAAAUCCCUAUCGGAUGUUGCCCAUCUACACAGCAGAGCAGGUUCAACUGUAUCAUGGCCGAAAACUGGGCGAGCUGCCGCCACACAUCUUUGCCAUUGCUAACAGUUGUUACUUCAACAUGCGCCGCAAUCGGCGCAACCAGUGCUGCAUUAUUAGCGGAGAAUCUGGUGCAGGAAAGACAGAGAGCACUAAACUCAUCCUGCAGUUCCUGGCCGCUGUGAGCGGACAACACUCCUGGAUUGAGCAGCAGAUUAUACAGGCCAACCCAGUCCUGGAGGCCUUUGGAAAUGCCAAAACCAUUCGGAAUGAUAACUCUAGCCGCUUUGGGAAAUACGUGGAGAUGUUCUUUAAUAAAGAGGGUGUUAUAGAGGGAGCUCACAUGGAGCAGUACCUGCUGGAGAAGUCUCGUGUCUGUCAUCAGGCACCUCAAGAAAAGAACUACCACAUUUUCUACUGCAUGUUAUCUGGGAUGUCAGAUGAGCAUAAGAAAGUUCUGUCUCUUGGUAAUGCAUCUCAGUUCAAGUAUCUGACUGAGGGUGAUUGUUUGACCUGUGAUGGUCGGGAUGAUGCUGAUGAGUUCCGACGAAUCCGUGCUGCUCUAAAGAUCCUUGCCUUCUCAGACAAGGACUGCUGGGAAAUCUUCAAAUUACUUGCUGCCAUCCUGCAUAUGGGCAACAUUGACUUUGAAGGCACUAUAAUGAAUAACAUGGACAGCUGUGACAUCCUGUCAUCUGAUCAUUUUUCUAUCACCGCCAAGUUGUUGGAGGUGGAUAAGGCCGAUCUUGAUAAUAGUCUUACCCAUCGCUCCUUUAUGACAAACAGAGAGAAAGUCACUAAACCCCUCAGCUCAGAGCAGGCCACAGACACCAGAGACGCUUUUGCCAAGGCCAUGUACGGAAGGUUGUUUGUGUGGGUGUUUACAAAAGUGAACAGCACCAUUCACAAAUCCCAGACCGAUGAUUCCUCUUAUACACGCAAGUCCAUUGGUCUGUUAGACAUUUUUGGCUUUGAGAAUUUCAAUAAAAACAGUUUUGAGCAGCUGUGCAUUAAUUAUGCCAACGAGCAGCUGCAGCAGUUCUUUGUGAGGCACAUCUUCAAACUGGAGCAGGAUGAGUACAGUAAAGAAGGGAUCUCGUGGAAUCACAUUGUAUUUACUGACAACCAGAAAACCCUGGAGCUGCUGGCUGUUAAACCUCUCAACAUACUGGCGCUGGUUGAUGAGGAGAGCCACUUCCCUAAGGGUACCGAUGCCACUAUGUUAAACAAAAUGAAUCAAGAACACAAUGGGAAUCCCCUUUAUAUCCCAUCCAAGAGCAACCACAGCAUGCAUUUUGGGGUUCAGCACUUUGCUGGAACGGUUUAUUAUGAUUGCAAAGGUUUUCUAGAGAAGAACAGAGAUGCCCUGAGCAUGGACAUCAUGGAUAUGAUUCGGAAAUCUCCCAACAAGUUGCUCAAACAGAUCUUUGAGACUGAGCAGAAUAAAAACAACACCAAGCCGGCUAACAAAAUGAACCAAAUCAUCAUAACACCAAAGAACUCAUUACGGCAAGGAAAUGAUUCAAGGAGACAGAUAUCGACCCUGAGUGUUCAGUUCCGUCAGUCUCUGGAUUCUCUGAUGAAGGCUCUGUCUCUCUGCCAGCCCUUCUUCAUUCGCUGCUUCAAACCAAAUGACAAAAAGAUGUCCAAGGCUUUUAACAGGGAACUCUGCAUGCAGCAACUUCGCUAUUCUGGCAUGAUGGAAACCAUUAGAAUACGCAAGUUAGGAUAUCCCAUCUGCCACAGCUUUAAAGAAUUCCUGUACCGCUACCGUGUGUUGCUGAAGACCAUAGACUGUGACCCCAACACUGAGCCUGCUGCCAAGUGCUGUGAAGCCAUCUGCAGGGCUGUGAUCAAAGAUAAAGAUGAUUGGAAGAUUGGAAAAAACAAGAUCUUCCUCAGGGAUUUUCAUGACUCCUUCCUAGAACUGGAGAGAGAGCAAGAGCUUUACAGGAAGUCACUUAUCAUUCAGAGAGUGAUGCUCGCCCAUAAAGACAGAGAGAGUUUUGUUAAGAAGAGGAGGGCAGCUCUGGUUUUACAGAGGUGUUGGCGUGGCCACAGAGACCGGACUGAGUUCUGCAAACUUAAGCAGGGAUUUGCUCGGCUGCAGGCGAAAGUGCGCAGUCGGCAACUUAAUAUGCAGUAUAUACGCAGACGGGCUGCAGCCAUCAUUCUGCAGACGCAGACACGUGGGUACCUAGCAAGAAAAGACCUGAAAUGUAAAAGAGAUGCAGUGAUACUACUGCAGGCACAGACCAGAGGACUGCUGGCCAGGAAAACCCUUAAGAAAAUGAAAAUGGAUGCGUUCUUGACUGCGCAGGAAAAAGAGGCUCAGAAACUGACAGCAUUGGAGCUCCAGCAACGCCUAGAGGAAGUGCUCAGGCAGAACGAGGAGGCCUCCAGAUCCCAGAAUGAGGAUGAUGAGGAAAUGCUGGAGAAUAUCUUUGGCUUCCUGCCCAGUGUAAUAGGAGGACAAGAGGGUCAGGCCCCUGAGGGUUUUGAGGAUCUUGAGACAGAGCCACUGAAGCUGGAAGAGGUUGAACUGAUAGAAAGCCCCGUAAGGGAGAUGGUGAUGCCAUUUCAACUGGACACCAGUGAAGAAGAACGUGCGGAGGAGGAAAAACAUGAGGAGGAAAAACAUGAGGAGGAGGAAAAACAUGAGGAGGAGGAAAAACAUGAGGAGGAGGAGGAGGAAAAACAUGAGGAGGAGGAGGAGGAAAAACACGAGGAGGAGGAAAAACACAAGGAGGAGGAAAAACACGAGGAGGAGGAAAAACACAAGGAGGAGGAAAUCAUUGAGUUCACUUUCUCUAAAUUUGCAUCUUUGUACUUCCAAGGAUCCUCUAACCACUCAAACAUCCAACAGCGACUACGUCAACCCCUACUCUAUCAUGAGGACGAGGGAGAUGUCCUUGCCUGUUUGACAGUGUGGUGGAUCAUACUGAGAUUUAUGGGAGAUCUUCCAGAGCCGAAGCAAGAGCGUGUGUCUGCUAUAGCUGACCCCAUCCAGAGGAACCUCGGUCAGAGACAAGCACGGCGACUCAGUAGCCUUGUUGGAUUAGAUCAGAAAAUUUUGAGAAAGAAAACGAAGCAACAGAAAGGAACUGGGACUGGGAGGAGAAAACACUCAACCAUUCCUGAAGAAGAGCCAGCUGAAGAACCAACACCUAAAAUGCAGGCUGUUGAGGAGGAAGAGGAUGUGCUGUUUGGAGAAGGACCAACUUUUGAUCGCCCAAUGGCACCCUUGGAGAAAUUACACAUUAUUGUGGGAUACGCCAUUGUACGACAAGAUAUAAGAGAUGAAAUCUACUGUCAGAUCUGUAAGCAAUUAACAGACAAUAAGAGCCAGAAAAGUACGAACAGAGGCUGGGUCCUUCUGUCCAUCUGUCUGGGUAUUUUUCCACCUACUGACCGCCUCACUAUGUACUUGCAGAAUUUUAUACGCCAUGGGCCAAGUGAAUAUUCCUCCUACUGUGCAGAGAGACUGCAGAGGACUUUAGCAAAUGGAGAAAGAUAUGAACCACCAUGCUGGAUUGAACUACAGGCUGUUGAGACCAAGAACCCCAUGGCAGUGGCUGUGGGUCUGAUGGAUGGCAGAAGCAUCAGCCUGCAUGUGGACUCAGCCAGCACUUCUGCAGAAGUGUGCAAUGCUAUCAUCCAGAAAAUAAACCUUCAGGACACCUACGGCUUCUCCCUAUACGCUGCAAUGAAUGAGAAGAUGUGGUCUCUUGGCAGUGGCGGUCAGCAUGUUUUGGAUGCUGUAUCUAUGUGUGAGCAAGAAGAGAAGAGGCAAGGGAGAGAGGAACAGCACGCUCCCUGGCGCCUCUACUUCCGUAAAGAGAUCUUCACUCCAUGGCACGACUGUUCAUAUGACCUUAUUAGCACUGACCUCAUCUACAGACAGAUAAUACAUGGGCUUAAACAUGGAGAUUAUCAAUCUGAUAAGGAGGAUGAUUAUGUGCAGCUUGCAGCCAAACAUUACUAUGUAAAGUAUGGCUCUGAAAGCAGUUUGGAAACAGCCCAGAAAAUAGUUCAUGAGUGUAUGAACUUGAGUCUGAUUGAGAACAAGUCUUUGGCCAAACUGGUACAACUGGUUAACUCGGCGCACACAGAGGGUCCUUACAUAAACUCUUCUACAACUGUUGAUGAUGUGAAGGCUGAGAUUGUCCAAUAUGCACGCAACAAGUGGCCAAUCUAUUUCUCCAAGUUAUUUGAGGCUUACGAGAUUUCAGGUCCACCAUUGCCUGAAGACCAGUUUGUGGUAGUCGUGAACUGGAACGGGGUCUCCUUCCAGAAUGGGAAAGAAGCCGCAUUUCUGCAGCGUUCAUAUCCAGAAGUGUUAAGAAUUGAAAUGCAUAGUGAGGACAAGUCUGGUGGGAUUGUAAAUUUGACGACUCCAACGGGGGAGUAUGAACUGAAGGUUGUGAAGGCAAAGGAGUUGGUGGAGCUGGUCGACAUGUUCCUUUCAGGGCUUAAGGAGAGAUCUGUGUAUGCUGUGGCAAUGCAGGACCAUAGCAGACAAGAGGACCCCACAUUCCUGAGCUUCAGAAAGGGUGAUGUGCUGAAUAUCAUUAAGGAUAGAGAAUAUGCUCCUGAAGGAGGCUGGAUCAAAGCAAGGAAUGAGAGAACAGAUCAAACUGGAGCUGUUUCCAUAGAUGAUAUUCAGAUUCUUCCAAUCCUGAAUAAGCCCACUGAAGAAACACUGAGUUUGCUAAAUCUGAGCCCAGCACGGAGAAAGUCAGUGUUGCCGGUUUUGCCGCAAAAGGAGGAGAUCACAGAGAGAGUAGCCUUCAUGACACUAAAGGAGUUCUCCUUUGACUAUUUCAGGCAGUCAGGUAAGGGCAAAGGAGGGGCCAAAGAGAAACUGUGGGCCAUCAGCAAAGAGCCUCUCAAACAGCCACUGCUCAAGAGUCUUCAGGGAAGCUCAGAUCUCUGCCACCUCGCUUGUGACUGCUUCACAGCUAUUCUUAAAUAUAUGGGAGAUUAUCCAGUCAAGCAUGUGCGUACACCCAUAGAGCUAACAGACUAUAUCUUUGGCCCAGCAACAGAGCACUUCGAACUAAGAGAUGAGAUCUACUGCCAAAUAAUGAAGCAGUUGACCAGCAACAACAAUGGGUUGAGUAUGGAGAGGGGUUGGCAGCUGCUGUGGUUGUGCUGUGGUCUCUUCCCUCCAGGUCAGUUUUUACUGAGGCAUGUUCAGCGUUUUCUGGAGUCCAGACCUAGAGAGCCACUGGCCUCUGCCUGCCAGCUAAGAAUGCAAGCUAUGCUCAGUAUUGAGAGCAGGAAGUUGCCUCCUCACCAGGUGGAAGUAGACGCCAUUCAGAACAACAGCACUCAGAUCUUCCAUAAAGUUCACUUUCCCAACGAUUCAGCUGAAAUAUUUGAAGUUACCACCACCACAAGGAUCAGAGACUUAUGUCGCAACAUCGCCAAAGAUCUCCUCCUCUCCUCAGCAGAUGGAUACGGCCUCUUUGUGAAAACAACCGACAAGGUAGUAAGUAUGAAUUCUGAAGAGUACUUUUUUGACAACCUGAGGCAACUCACAGAUGUCGUCAAAAAAGGAAAGAAAGUCAAAGAGGGUACUCCAACUAUUGUGCCCUACCUGGUACUCUUCAUGCGAAAGCUCUGGUUUAAUGUUAUCCCAGGGAAAGACCUAACAGCUGACCUGACCUUCCACUUUCCCCAGGAGCUACCAAAGUAUUUACGGGGGUACCACAAUGUUUCUAAAGAGGACAUGAUCAGCCUGGCAGGGCUGCUGUUCCGUACUCAGGUAGACACGGAUAAGUCUCAGUUCAUCAUGAUCCCUAAGAUGCUGAAAGAUCUGGUACCUUUUGAUCAGCAGAGGAUCAUUUCGGCUGAAGACUGGAAAAAGCACAUCAUUAACGCAUACAACAAGCAGGCAGGAAUAACAGUAGACGAAGCCAAACUCCAGUUCCUGAAGGUGAUCUCACAAUGGCCCACCUUUGGAUGUGCUUUCUUUGAAGUAAAGCAAACAUCAGAGAAGAGUUACCCCAGUAUUAUUAUGAUUUCCAUUAGCAAGCAAGGAGUUAGCAUCAUCGACCCUACAACAAAGGAAGUUCUUGUCAUGCUUCCAUUCAGUAAGAUCACUUCUUGGUCUAGUGGAAACACCUAUUUUCACAUGUCCAUUGGCAACCUAGUGCAGGGCAACACUCUACUCUGUGAAACCUCACUGGGUUAUAAAAUAAGUGAUCUCUUGUCCUCGUAUAAGGACAUGUACCUGAAUGAGAGGACGGUGGUGCUUCCCAGAAAUCAGAUGUUCACUUGAAUGUGAAUGUGCCAUAUCAUCAGCCUGUCAUGUAGCAUAAGAAUUUUUGGUUUAUUAGCAUUUUUUCCAGUCUGCUAAUAUUUUCUUUAGAUAAUAAUUCUGAUAUGAAUUUUGGCAGAGAACAAACAUUUGUGGUGAAUAGUUCGAGCUAUUUACUGCAUAAUAUAAUUAAUAAUUAAUAUCUGUUUUUCAAUAACAGUUUCAAGGACGACACAUUUUUAACAAUUAACAAUCACUAGCAGAGUUCCAUCAAUAAGUCAAUUAUGUUUUUGCUCAUUUUGGAUUCUUCUAUGUAACUUUGACAUUUCAAAUAAA